AUGGUUAUAUCUGUAAUUUUGACCAAAGCCACAGUGUUGGUAGUAAACAAAAGACAGCUAUUAAAAUAUUUUUCAGCACUCGAAUGUAAUAAAAAUAAAUAUGACUUUGGUAACGGUAAACUCACCCCUGGUAACGGUAAACACACCACUGGUAACGGUAAACACACCACUGGUAACGGUAAACACACCACUGGUAACGGUAAACUCACCACUGGUAACGGUAAACACAACACUGGUAACGGUAAACACACCACUAGUAACGGUAAACACACCACUGGUAACGGUAAACUCACCACUGGUAACGGUAAACACAACACUGGUAACGGUACACACAACACUGGUAACGGUAAACACACGACUGGUAACGGUAAACUCAACACUGGUAACGGUAAACUCACCAUUGGUAACGGUAAACUCACCACUGGUAACGGUAAACACAACACUGGUAACGGUACACACAACACUGGUAACGGUAAACACACGACUGGUAACGGUAAACUCAACACUGGUAACGGUAAACUCACCAUUGGUAACGGUAAACUCACCACUGGUAACGGUAAACACAACACUGGUAACGGUAAACUCACCGCUGGUAACGGUAAACUCACCACUGGUAACGGUAAACACAACACUGGUAACGGCAAACUCACCGCUGGUAACGGUAAACUCACCACUGGUAACGGUAAACUCACCACUGGUAACGGUAAACUCACCACUGGUAAUGGUAAACACAACACUGGUAAUGGUAAACACAACACUGGUAACGGUAAACUCACCGCUGGUAACGGUAAACACACCACUGGUAACGGUAAACUCACCGCUGGUAACGGUAAACUCACCACUGUUAACGGUAAACUCACCGCUGGUAACGGUAAACUCACCACUGGUAACGGUAAACUCACCACUGGUAACGGUAAACUCACCACUGGUAACGGUAAACUCACCACUGGUAACGGUAAACACAACACUGGUAACGGUAAACUCACCACUGGUAACGGUAAACUCACCACUGGUAACGGUAAACUCACCACUGGUAACGGUAAACACACCACUGGUAACGGUAAACACAACACUGGUAACGCUAAACUCACCACUGGUAACGGUAAACUCACCACUGGUAACGGUAAACGCACCACUGGUAACGGUAAACUCACCACUGGUAACGGUAAACUCACCACUGGUAACGGUAAACACAACACUGGUAACGGUAAACUCACCACUGGUAACGGUAAACUCACCACUGGUAACGGUAAACUCACCACUGGUAACGGUAAACUCACCACUGGUAACGGUAAACACAACACUGGUAACGGUAAACACAACACUGGUAACGGUAAACACACCACUACUGUAUAUUUAACUGAUUAA